AUGGCUGGACAAAAGUUUCAAUAUGAUGAAAGCGGUGGAACAUUUUAUUAUUUCUUGCUGUCGUUUCUUGCGUUGAUUCUAAUACCAACAACAUUAUAUUAUUGGCCACGAAAAAAGAAAGAAGAUCCGAAUAAGUCAAAAGAAGAAUGCCAAUGUCCAGAUUGUAUUAAGAAAAAAGUAAUAGUAGCAGCUGCACAACCAUAUCAGGCUGCUAAAUCCUUUUUUUUAAGAUUAGCACUCGUUCUCGGAUGGGCUCUUAUUAUAUUUUUAGCUUAUAGAGUCUCUCAAUUUGAUUAUGAAGCUGCUAGUUUUGAUCCAUUUGAAAUUCUCAAAGUACCACCCACCGCAUCAAUGGCCGAUAUUAAAAAAGCGUACAGAAAAUUAUCUGUAAUAUUACAUCCGGAUAAAGAAACGGGUGAUGAAAAAGCUUUUAUGAUGCUGUCCAAAGCAUAUCAGGCGCUUACGGACGAUGUAGCCAAAGAAAAUUAUGAAAAGUAUGGUAAUCCCGAUGGGCCAGGUGCAAUGUCAUUUGGUAUCGCAUUACCUUCAUGGAUUGUUGAGAAAGAGAAUAGUGUGUGGGUUCUAGGUUUAUAUGGUCUGAUUUUUAUGGUUGCACUACCAAGUGUAGUUGGAGUUUGGUGGUAUCGUUCCAUACGGUAUUCGGGAGAUAAAGUGUUACUUGACACGACACAAAUGUACUUGUAUUUUAUACACAAAACUCCACAUAUGCUGCUGAAACGAGCACUCAUGGUGCUAGCAGCCAGUUUGGAAUUCGAUAAGCGUCACAACUCUGAAGUUGUGGAACGACAAUCUGAUAAUGAUGAAGUGCCGGCACUAAUACGUCAAUUGCCGAAUUUGAACGAAAAGUGCAAAGAGCAUCCGUUGUGUCGCAUGUAUUCCAUUAAAGCUCGUGCCCUUUUACACGCACAUCUAUCAAGAAUAGCAUUAAAUUCUGACACAUUAGAAAAGGAUCGUCAAUUUAUUGUUAAAAAGUGUCCCUAUUUAGUACAAGAAAUGAUUUCAUGUGUACAUCAGCUAGUAAUGUUGGCAUAUGCAAGACGCAUACCACGUCUACCAAGUAUAGAAACAAUUGAAAACUGUAUGAAACUCUCGCCAAUGCUUAUACAAGCAUUAUGGGAGUAUAAGUCACCGCUGCUGCAACUACCUCACAUUACAGAAGAUCAUCUGUAUUUUAUGAAUAAGAAGCGUCACGUUAAAAAUUUGCAGCAAUUCGCACAGUUAAAACCUGACGAAAGUAGACAAUUGUUAAAAAAUCUUUCUGAUUUUGAAUAUGAUAACGUAAUGAAGGUGUUGGGAAAAAUGCCUCUUAUUGACUUCACAAUACGUUGUGAAGUUAUUGAUGAUGACAAUACCAAUGUGGUCACCGCCGGCGCUAUUGUAACUGUUACUGUAUCCCUUGUGCGAAAAGAUAUGAAAAGCCUUUUUGGUGAUACUAAAGCACCUGAGAAGCAAGCAAUAAAAGAUGCAUCAUCAGAAGAAGAAGAAAAUGCUGCAACUACCGCGGCUGCUGUUAAAAAAUCAUCGGCUUGGUCUAGACCUAGGAAAGGUAGAGGAGGUAAGGGUGUUAAAAAACCUGCUAACAAUCAAAAAAAGAAAACAGCAAAUGCACAUCAAAAAACUGCAACUGUCACAACGAACACAAAUGCAGAAAUACAGGACCAAUCAAAACAAAAUUCUGAAGCGGAGUCAGAUAUAGGUGCUAGUGAUUCAGAGGAAAAGGAAUCUGUUUCAGGUAGCGAAGACGAAGAUAAACAGAAAAAACCUAUAUUAAAUGAUGACGAUGAUGAUGAGGAAUGGGAAAAACUGCAAGCGAAAUUAAAUAAGCGCGAAAAACUUGAAGGGAAAUCACGUAUAUCACAUACUGUGCAUUGUCCGUAUUUCCCAGAGGAAAAACAAGAAUAUUGGUGGACGUACAUAUGUGAUCGCAAAUCACGCACAUUAAUUACAGCGCCGUAUCACAUCACAGAUCUUGUGGAUCAAGAAGAAGUGCAACUUAAUUUUACCGCACCACGUUGGACAGGUGUAUAUACUUUCACAGUAUGUUUAAGAUCUGAUUCAUAUCUGGGAAUGGACCAGCAGCAAGAACUUAAAUUGGAUGUGAAGAAAGCUCCAGCUCCACCUACAGAUCACCCACAAUGGGAUUUGAGUGAAUCGGAACCAGAAAACAAUGAGCAACAAGAAAAUCUAAGUGACUAUACGACUGACUCGUCGGAGGACGAAGACACAGAAUAAUUCCAUAACGCUGCAUGCUUUUUUAUACUAAAGUUACUAGUUACAAAUACAAAUGAGCAAAAUUUUUUGUAA